AUGCACUUGCUUGCACGCCAUGGCCAGCGUCCGAAGACGGCACACGCUGAAGUACACUUGCUUAGGAUGGCACAGCGACGCUGUGGGGAUGUUGGAUUCGUCACAUCGGCUUCUCAUGUCACACUCCGCCGCAGGUUGGAAGUUUGUGGCGCCCGCGGAGUCCGUGGAGAGCAGAGCCGCUGCAGCCGCUGCAGCCGCGGGCUCUGCCUGCGCGCCUGGGCCUGGGGCCCAGGCCCGGGCACGGCCUCCAGCGGUGAUCUAGCUUUGGGUGCCGUUCUCCUGGCCUUUCUUGGCACUUACGUGCCGCAGGUCCUCCGACUGGGCCAAGGUUGCACGUGGCAGGUCGACGGAUUUCGCUACUUCGCAAACCGGGGUCGGCAAGCCUUCUCCGACGCCACACACGCGCUGGCUGGGAAGUAUCCAGGAUAUCGCGACGAUGCAGUUUUCACUUACUUUGAUACGUUUGGCGGGGAGACGCUCCCGGACAUGGGAAGCUACUCCCGCUUGGUGCAGCUUAUUGAUCGAGGCGUGACUGACGUCUAUGAUCACAAGCGCGGUCUCGAGCUCCGCUUGCGUGAGUUCGGCUGCUCCGACGUUUUUGCUGCGACUUACUUCUCCUCUGCCGAAGCGUUGCAGGCAACCAGCUCCGAACUUGAUGCGUUGUUCUUCGCAAAGCUACCGGAACAAAGCGGCGGUCGUGGAAUCCGGGUUCUGCGCCGUGAGGACUUGCAGCGAGAAGAGCUGCCCACUGAGUACAUCAUUCAGCGUGCUGUGCAGGAUCUCGAGCUGAUUGAUCACCGGAAGUUUGUGAUCCGAUAUUUCUUCGUGGUACACCAGAAGUGUAUCUAUCUUCACGAGGUAGGCAUCGUGGUCGUGCACGGUGAGAAGUACGACCGUCGCAGCGUAGAUAUGGGUGUCCAGGCAAAACAUGACUGGUAUGAUGACAGCUCCGAGACGUAUCUCAUAACGUUGCAGUCCGCAGAGCAGGCACCGCGCUGGCGCAAGGCGAUUGCGGCAAAACUUCGCGAGGCCCUGCCUGCACUCGGCCCGCUGCUGGACUCCAGCGGUUCCGACCGCUAUGCUCUGGUGGGUGGGGAUGCGCUGAUUCAAAGCAACGGCGAGGCGAAGCUCAUUGAGUUCAAUAUGUACCCCAACCUCUUCGUUGACCAGGAGGUUGUCGAUAAGCAGGUGUACACAAUUCUCCUCAAGGACGUGAUGGAGCUACUUCUGCUGGGAGAGCGAAGUGCCGGUUUUGUCUGGACAAUCGAUGGUGAUAGACGUGAUGGCACGGCAAAGACUGCCAAGACCAUUCCAAAAGAUGAGACUCCGGAGAUUGGCAAUCUGUUCCCACAUGAAACUCGCUUCCAUUUCGGUAAUAAAUAUGGAUAUAGGUAUGGACUUAGACUUACUUGGAGGAUCAUGGGACUUAGUAAGUUAGGUUAUAAGUACCUUAAUUGGGGUUAUAAGUAA